AUGAAGUUCUCCAUUCUCUCCACCAUUAUCCUUGCUCAGGGCAUCAUCUCUGAGGGAUCAUCUUCCAUCGUCCACCCGAAGCCCAAGGGAACCAUUAACAUUGAGAACUACGAGGUUUGCCUCAAAGUCUGUUGGCCUGAGGAGCCAAAGUGCCCUGAGGGAUGGAACUCUAAGAAAUUUGGUGAGGACGACUACCCUUGCUGGACUUGCUGCAAGAAGACCGACGACGAUGACCUUUGA